GGCUCAAUCUCCCAACACUCCGGUCAAACGGAGAAGGCGAGAACUUUGAGGAGAAAUUUCCGUCCAUCAGGACGAUCCUUCCCGAGUUCCCGCCUCUUUCCGCCAUCGUCUCCGGCAUCGCAGACUCGGCUCGGUUCUAGACGCGUCGAACAGAUUAAGAAUAGGCCUACAUGAGAAUCUUUCGGCGUUCAAGAUCAAGGGUUUCUGUUUUAUUCUUUAUUCUUCUCUGCUGGCUCCGAGUGUAACGGGGAGAAUCAGACAACCAUGCCCGAUGUGAAGGAGAAGGGUGUUUUAUAUAGCUUUCAAGGAGAAGAGUCGUGGCAGCCUCUUGUGGAACUCCAUAAUAAGAAAUGCAAGAGAUGUGGAUUUUAUGAAGACGACUCAUUGAAGCCACACGAUGUUUUUGAUGAGUGGGAGUUUUGUGCUUCCGAUUUUUUUAGUAUUGAUGGAAAAUACAUCCAUUUCAAGGACAAGGAGCUCAACGCAACAUUCUUGUCCUGAAUGUGCCCGUCCUGUUGGUGCUCCACAGCACUCGGGUCCCUCAAACGAGAAGGCAAUGACGCAUUGGGCUUUCAUUGUGGUAAUAGGUGCUACGGUUUCAGUGGUUUUUGUCCUUGGCAUGGUAACUUCGUACAAGUUGUGGCAGAAGAGGAAGAGGCAGCAAGAACAAGCGCGGUUCCUAAGACUCUUUGAAGGGGAUGACGACGUAGAUGAUGAAUUCAGAUUUAUCCCUCUUAGCCACGUCACGCAGAAGUGCAUUCACUUUUUGCUAGAUGUAUUGAUAAAGAAAAGUAAGUGGGCUGG